CACAAAAGUAGGAUUAAGACAUCCAGGAUCAGUGACUGAGCCGGGCUCAAAGAAUCCAAAACAACAGCGUCCAGGCUCAGUUGGUUGCACAAAGCCCAAUCCAGGAUGAGCAGACACGGAUUCAUCAAGCCAGGUGAAACCUAUCCUGGAUAAGUGCGCGCUCGCGGCUCCCUCAGAUAGACCCCGCCACCGAUCACAGAUUCACUGAUUCACCAUGGCGAGUAGAGCGGCUUACUUUACCCCGUCGGAGGGAGAAAUCCGGAUGGAGGCAUACGAGGAGGUGAAAGACAUUAUUAAAAAGAAAUGCAACACCGCCACAGUGAUAAAGCAAAGAGAAAACACGUGGCAAAGUGUUGCUGACCGUCUGAAUGCUGUCCUUCCCUGGCCACAGAAGACUCUGUGACAUCAAAGAGGAGUUCUAUAGGAUUGCAGGUUUCCCCAAUGUCACUGGUGCACUGGACUGCACACGCCUCAGCAUAAGAUCCCCCCCAGGGGCCCAUGAGGUGGAUUUUGUGAAUAGGAAAUCAUUUCACAGCAUUAAUGUUCAGAUGGUCUGCAAUGCUGACUGUAUGAUCAACAGUCAUGGACUGAGCCAGGCAGAAUGGCCUCAGUCCAUGACUCCAGAGUCUUUGGGACCUCUGAAAUCUCUAUCACAAGGUGAGCCACACAACCAUUAAUAACCACUUUUUACAUCAUGGCUGUGUCAAGAAUGUCACUCUGUUUGAGGUUGUAAUGAUGAGAUUUUGUGUUAACAGGUGAAUUCUCUGGUGUGUUGCUGGGAGACAGGGGGUCUGCCUGCCAGCCUUUUCUCCUGACACCAUUCACAGACCCCCAGGACGCACAGCAGGCCUACAAGCAUGCCCAUGCCAGGACCAGGACCAGGACCAGGACCAGGCCCAGACUUGAGAUGACCUUUGGCCUCCUGAAGGCACGCUUUCACUGUCCUCCACAAUGUGGCCUGCCUGAGGAAGGAGAGGGCCCCCAGAGGGCCCCCAGCCAUGGACUGGGACAAUCCAGCAAUAUUCCCUGAUGACGACAGUGGUCGUCUCAUGAGGGACCAAUAUGUGUUGAAUUAUUUUAGUUGAUAUGCAUACUUUCAAUUUAAGUUAAAUAUGUCCUGCAGUGGCAGAGGAAUUUGUGUUUUUUUAUUUAUUUUUUAUUUAAAUUUAUUUGGCCUCUUAUGAUGAUUGUGCUGUAUACUGUGUGUAUAAAAGCUAGCAGGGAGGCUACUACAUCAUUCUGUUCAUUCCAUGUGUAUGGAUUUGUCCUGCAUUUAUUUCAGUGUGCAGACAUGCGGGGUGUAUUAUAUUCAGACCUUUUAAUGUGUAUUUAUCCUUGCGUGUAUAAUAUACUUUGACUCUGUGCUUUCUAUCUUGAAGAGUCACUGUGACUUCAGUUUUGAAAGGAGCCGAUGGUUUACCUGAUUUAUCCUUAUUCAAUAAAGGAACAUAAUGUUACACUUUGUGUAUAUAUUUAUUUAUAUGGGAUGUGUAUUUUAUACGACCGAGUUUUAGGGCCACAUUGAGGAAGACAACAAAAGUCAUAAAUUUAUGAGACUGAUUCUUUCUGCGGAACAGAUGUAUUGUCUUGCAUCUUUUUAAAGUCCUGAUACUUCAUUUUUUAAGAUAAUUUUUUUGGUAUUUUUCAUGCUUUAUUGAAA